UUGCUUGGUGAGGUUGGCGAACGGACGAGGCUGAGAGAUAUCACAAAAAAACAUGCAAGAUAAGGGGAGUCCGCCCGGUAGUUCAGACUUCACCAUCGCCUCUGGUAACGACAGUUUUUCUGAUAGAUGUAAGGACGUGUUCAGUUGUCUUCAGUCCUUAGAGGAUAAACAUGUUGCUCACGACCAGUCUGUCGAUGAGGAAGGAAAUCAACUACUGUUUAAAGCUGAUCCGACCAUAGAGGACACAGAGACAUUAUAUCGCAAAUUUAAGAAACCAAACCCGCCUCAACAUUCAUCUGGUAAACAAGAUCAAUCACAUAAUGAUAUAAAAAGAGGGCUCAAAAGGCCAUCAUCUGAACUGUAUAUUCCUCCAUGGCAGAAGAAGGGAGACAACCCUCAAUCUGAUUAUAAAUCAAUGAAAAAGGAUUCAGAUUUUAAACUUCCACCUCAAAGAUUUCCAAGCCGACAACAAAAGAAAAUCCCAGACUUUAAACUGAAUCCCAGCAAAUGGAAAAAAUACACCUUGGAAGAUGUCUCAAAUGAGGAUAUGAGCCAAGCUUCCAAUACGAAGGCAGCCUUUGCUUUCCUCGAGGAGAGGAGAAAGUUGAGGGAGGCUGCCGAGGGGAAGGAGGAGGAAGUUAAGGCUGACGUUGAGGGAGGAGCAUGUUCACAGGGUGCUAUUAUUUUCAAAAGACCAAACAAAAAGGGAGGUGAUAAACAGGACUCUGAUUCAACAAAAAGCAAAUUUGACAAGAAGAAUUGUGAUCAGUUCAAUGAAGAUGAUGAAGAUUCAGAAGAGUCGUUGGUUAUUAAACCUAAUGUGACUUUCAAAUCUAAAAAAAGCAAAAGUUUGAGAAGUAUCAGAAAGAGAGAAACAGAAGAUGACAACUAAAGAAGUUCAAAUUCUUUGUACAUUUCAUAUCAAAUAUCUUUAGAAAUAAACUUUUUUUAAAAGCUGAAGGUGAUGAUAAUUCCUAUAGAAAGUGCGAUACAUUUUACUGAUUUUAAUUCACGGAGAAAAAAUGUGCCUUUCAUAACAAUGCACUUCAAAAUAUGUAGUUUUUAUGAACUCAUUAGAUAAUUUGAAAAUUAAUGAAAAUUAUCAACUGGUAAUUUGAUCAAACUUUCAUUGCUAAUAUGAUUCAGUUUUAUUAGCGAUACACAGUGGAUUGCUGUCCUAAGAUCAAGGUUUAUAAAGUAACUUUGCACUUUGUAUACAUGUAGAUAUGCAGGUGUAUUUCAUGUUACUAGCUAUAAUUCUGGGGUAUCUAGCCUUUUAAAGAUUGUACAAAAGACACAAGUGAAUAAUACCUUUUAAUUCAAAUUUAGAUAAGAAACAGUUGAGCCAAACAAUUAAACUGCAUCAUACAACUGUU